AUGUGGUUAAGAGAACCGAGUUUUAGAGAUCGUGUAGCUGGGUGGUGGAAGGAGGCCUCCGUGGUGGAAGGUUUCUUGGCCUUUCAGUUUUUUAAGAAGCUUAGCUUUGUGAAACAGAAAUUAAAAUCAUGGAAUAGGGAGGUGUUUGGCAAUAUCUUUGUUGAAAAGAGAAGGCUAGAAGGGGAUUUGGGGGCUUUGAAUGCGAAAGUCUUGGCUGGAGGGAUGGAUGAAGGGGACUUCCUCAUGGAGAAAGAUCUUCUUAGCAAAUAUGGAGAAGUUUUGCAGAGGGAGGAGAUUUACUGGAAACAGAAGUCGCGAGAAAAUUGGCUUAAAGCUAGUGAUAGAAACACGAAAUUCUUCCACAGCUCGGUGAAAGCAAGGCAAAGUCUCAAUAAAAUUAUCUCCCUGCGAAUUGCAGAUGGUACAAUCACUAAAGACUUAGACCACAUAAGCAAAGAGGUUGUUGACUUCUUCAAAAAUCUGUGGAGGAGAAGUGGGGUGGCUCAGUCGGGCUUGCAGACCGAGCUUCUGGAGUUAAUCCCUCCCUUAGUUUCAAGGGAGGACAAUAUCAUGCUUGAGGAACCAGUUUCAUUGAAGGAAGUCAAAUCUGUUGUUUUUGGGUUACGUGGGGAGCAAGCACCAGGACCAAACGGGUUCUAG